UGACGGACGUUUUGGUUGUGCGUUCGGCAAAAAGGAAAUACUAAUUCGAUCGUUUAUUUUUCCCUUGCAGUUCAGAUUAUUUUUAAGAAGAAAAAGAUGCUGCGAGCGUUACGCGAAUUCUCGAAGAGCAGAGGUGUUGUGGUCAAUUCUGACAAAAAACACUGGAUACGGGAGCUUAUCUCGUUGUACAUGCGCAGUAGCGAUUAGCUACCCCAUUCUCGUCCUCAGAGGCCGCGACCCUUUUGGUCAACACCAAGAUUCUUGGGGACGGGAAGACAACUGAAAUUACCCGCCCUUGACCCUCUCUUGCGUUGCACGACAGAGAGAGGGCCGGGUUAAAAACUGGGGUGGAUAGUGGAAGUACCCAAAUUGUGCCCGACAGAAGCUUGGGUGUCCUGUGGUGUAUACCAGCCCAACACUCACAUGAUUUCUGUAUGCUACACUGCAGCUCCUUUGGAACUCCGUUACUUCAGUUUAGACGGGGUCGAUUUAUGUUUGCGUUACUCUUCCAAGCAUUAUGCUAUUCAUGUUUAACGUUCCAGUUCAUUUGCUGGUAAUUGCUGGUCUUGGAUUUUAUAUUAACUUGUCUCAUUGUUCACUUCGUUUCCUUCGCGGCAGACCAAGAGGUGGAAUGUUGGUUGCUCCUGCAGCAGCGAAUAUGAACAGAAAGCUUCCAGAAGCUCAUUGGUUUACUCAGAGACUUGAUCAUUUUGAUGACUCUAACACAAAAACGUGGCAGCAAAGAUUCUUUUAUAAUGAUAGCUUUCAUAAGAAGCCAGAUGGACCCGUGUUUGUCAUGAUAGGGGGUGAAGGGGAGGCCAAUCCAAUAUGGCUGACAGUAGGUGAUAUGAUGAAGAAUGCUCAGCUGUUUGGUGCUUUUACUCUACUUCUGGAACAUCGCUUUUAUGGAAAAAGCCAACCAACAAGUGAUAUGAGUGAUUCAAGCCUGAAAUAUCUGAACAGUGAGCAAGCCCUUGCUGACCUGGCAGCAUUCAGUCAGUCUAUGGCCAGGGAGUUUAACUUGACAAACAGUAAAUGGAUUUCAUUUGGUGGCUCUUACCCUGGAUCUUUAUCUGCUUGGUUUAGACUCAAAUAUCCUCACCUGGUGCAUGGUUCUGUUGCUUCAAGUGCACCGGUUUUUGCAAAGGUUAACUUUGCAGAAUAUAUGGAUGUUGUAACUGCAUCGCUUGCGACAACAGGGCAGGAGUGUGGCAAAAAUAUUGCUAAUGCUACAGACACAUUACAUUCAUUGCUUUCUUCUGAGGAAGGUGCAAAGGAGCUUUCAGAACUGUUUGUUCUCUGUAAACCACUUGAUAAAGACAGCUUUAAUGACGUGGCCACAUUUGCAAGUGAUUUAUCUGGCAAUUUUGCUGGUGUUGUUCAAUACAACAAGGACAACAGAGCAUUCGAGGGUGCAGUGGGUACAAACAUAACCAUUGACACUCUAUGUGAUAUUAUGAACGACAAUGACAUUGGAGAUCCAUUAGCACGUUAUGCGAAAGUCAACUCAUUAAUUCUUCAAACAUAUGGAGCCAACUGCCUUGAUUCAAGCUACAACAACUUGAUAGCAAGUUUACGGAACACGUCAUGGAGCAGCAGUGCAUCUGAGGGAGGUCGCCAGUGGAUGUAUCAGACCUGCACAGAGUUUGGGUUUUUUCAGACCUCUGACUCUGAUAAACAGCCUUUUGGAAACCUCUUCCCUUUGAAGUAUUCAAUUCAGCAAUGCAUGGAUAUAUUUGGUCCCACAUUUAAUGAUACAAACAUUCAAGAUGGUGCCACUCAAACAAACACCAACUAUGGAGGGUAUGCCAUAGCCUCAAGUAAGAUUGUUUUUCCAAAUGGCUCCAUAGAUCCAUGGCAUGCACUCGGGAUAGUGAGGAAUGUUUCUACUACAGAACAGGCUGUUUACAUCCAAGAGUAAGUUGGCGACUGAAGUAGUUCUCAAUUGCACAGUUUGCCAGGAUAGUAAAAUUAGCUGUCAGAAUGUUCACUUCCAUUACCAUUUUGAACAAAACAAAAUUUUGUGUGCUUAAAUUGUGUCUAUUAACUCACAUAGAUUUUGCAGUGCCGUACGCUUUUCUAGUUACGUCCAGCCCUAAUACUUUGACUUGUUACUUUUACGGCCCUCACACGGGACUUUUUUUUCUUGUUGUUUUCCAAGGAUAAAGCGCGCGGGGCCUGACGGGUCACAUGAUAACUAGAUGCUCUAAAGACCAUUUACUCAAGCUUCCUAAUGCAAUAUUAAGUUGUACUUUUACAAGUAAGCUUAAACUCAGCAUCGGAAAUGUCAGAAUAAGGCCAAUACAAGAAUACCUGUUUCUGUUUGUAGAAAAACAAAGAUGACCGUUCUAAAACCGGGAUGAAAUCUCCACAUACAUGAUUUACCUAUACAAGCAGCAAUUUGAUUUGUUGUGUAUAGCAGCCCUGAUGUGAUUCAGGUGUGACAUGCAUACAUCUCUAACUCAUCCACUCAUAACAUAGUCCCAUACCCAUUGACUAAGAGGUAUUUUUUUACAAAAAAAAUUACUCAAAAAUAAUAUUAACUAAGGUUUAAAAUGGUUUAAUAAAAACUAUGUAAGUUUGUGCUUAAAAAAUCAUUUUUGGCACAAGUUCCUUGAGCUCACUUGGCAGUGAGGUCCAAUCGGUGAUUGUUUUAUAAUAAGUUUUCUUUCUGCCCCAUAAAUUUGGGCAUGUAACCAUAUCAGGUAUUACAACCGAGUUGUUGGCUCAUUGUAGAUCUGAAUGCAUCAAAAUGUUGGGGGAUCUCUCUCUUCAUUGCAUCUUGCACAAGACAACACUGAUGACCAAAACGCCUCACAUGUAAUGGGACCCACUGCAACGAUUUCAGGGUCUCAGUUGAUGUCUUUUUGACCCCCUUUUGCCUUUGCAAUCUUUUUUGCAAAGCGAUUUUGUAAUGAUUGCAACUGUUUCAUCUGUGUUGUUAGACCAGGCUUAUCUCCCCAGACAAUAUCUGCAUAAUCUAGGUGUGGUAGGAUAAGGCCAGUAAAGUAUGCUGUGCGACUUUUCUUUUCUUUUUCUUAAACCAAUAGAUAGGAACACUAUAUCCAUAAUUCUGGGAAAUAUGUUUCCUCGGCUACUUAGGGAUACAACUAGGGCAUCGAUUGGAUAGUUUUUCUUCAGUCCUUUCGCGUCCAGGAAUUCCUGGCCUUGCUACAUUGAUCAUGAGGUAUUCUCCCUUCACACUCCUUUCUGUUUCCCUGUGUUUUCAAGCCAUUUUCUCGUGCAGUUGACUAUGUGCAACCAGCUAUGUACGUGGAUGGGUUCCCGGUGGAUCUCCUUUUACAAUCCCCAUGCAUUCCACAGUGUAGGUCAGCGUGAAACAAAUGCCAGAAAUCCAUCUGUGUCUGCAGGCUACACACCCAUCGCCAAAUACAAUAUUAAAAUUACGCUUGAACUUUAGCAUGAAUAAUUGCGUUCGACAAAAAAAGAAGGCAGUCCUAAUGCGGACUGGAGUGAGAUUUUUUGGGAUAAGGAAUGGAUGGAUGAGUUUUGGGACACAAAAUUGGCCUCCCCACAGAAUGCACCAGGAACGAACAUAAAUGACAUGAUCGCAAACAACAUGCUUACGAGUCAGUCUUGAGUUUUCAAUCAUUCGCUCAUUUGCAGUUAUGAUUCUGUGCCAUGCAAAUCAUCACAAACGUGGCCUGUUUCAUCGGGAUGCGAGAUGACUGCUUUUGUGACAUAACUAAGACAAUUAUUUAUCUUAUAUGUUCACAAACACGACUUUGAAUCGCCUUGGCUUUGGGAUAUUAAUUGCUAUAUUUCAUUUGCUGUAUUUCUAUUGUGUGCAAAGCUCACACUAAGUUGGCAGCUAAAAGUUUGUCUGUUUACGAGAGUCAUGUGAUCAAAAGGAAUUUUACUAAGAUGACUGAAAACUAGUUUAGAUCCUAUAUAUAAGAAGAUUGGGUGCUAGUUGGCUUGUGCGAGUGGAUUUUCUGCAUCCUUUGUGUUGGCUGCUUCACUUUUGUGUACCAUUUAUCUGUUUUAAGAUACUUCAUUUUUAUUUUCCAAGCUCUCAGUUGCCAAGGUAGGUUUUUUUUGUAGCUUGCUUUGCCGAUGCGGUACGUUGUCUGUUUUCAUUUAUGGAAAAUCCAGCUUCCUACUGUCGUGUAAGCUUUAAAAAUAUUGAUUGCAGUUGUAUUGUUUAUUGAUUGCUUUCUUUCAUCAUUCCUUCAGGUCUCCAUAUCGGGAGUUAUUGUGCUCACACAAGCCAUCAUAUUAAGACUCGGGUUGUGGUUAGUACAGAUUGCACAGGGGCUGGUAUGCUUU